AUGGCUGCGGCGGUGGUGGUAUCACACUCCUCCGUCACCGGCGUGGAGAAGCUUAAAAGCCCUCCACAUUUCACCUCCUUCGCCGGCGAAGUGAAAUUGGGGAGCUUAAAUUUCAGGCCACGCAAGCAAUUACUGUUAGCUCAUGCAGCGGCUAAUGGUGGCAGCUCUGAAAAUGGUGCUGCCGUGUCCGUCACCCAGAGACCAUCUCCUUCACAUCCACAACCUCUCGCUACUAAUACGAGGGCAAAACUUCAUACCAUCUCGGUGUUUGUUGGGGAUGAAAGUGGUAUAAUAAACCGAAUCACUGGUGUUUUUGCUCGUCGAGGCUAUAACAUUGAGUCACUUGCAGUUGGGCUUAACAGGGACAAGGCUCUGUUCACUAUAGUUGUUUCUGGAACUGAUAAAGUGCUGAAACAAGUUGUUGAACAACUCAACAAGCUCGUGAAUGUAUUGAAAGUAGAAGAUUUGUCGAAAGAACCACAAGUAGAACGUGAACUAAUGCUAGUAAAGCUCAAUGCAGAUUCCAACACUAAAAGUGAAAUCAAGUGGUUAGUAGACAUCUUCAGGGCAAAUAUCGUGGACAUAUCAGAUCGCACUUGGACCGUUGAGGUCACUGGAGACCCUGGCAAGAUGGAAGCUGUGUUGAGGAAUCUCAAAAAGUUUGGUAUUAAAGAACUAGCAAGAACUGGGACGAUUGCUUUGAGAAGGGAAAAGAUGGGCGAGACAGCACCAUUUUGGAGGUUUUCUGCAGCUUCUUAUCCUGAUCUUGAAGGAACUAUACCCAUCGAGAAUACUUCAGAUGAUGCCAUCAAGAAAGUCAUUGAAAAGGACCCAAAUGGCAAGCACAGUGAUACAUCAGGGGGUGAUGUGUAUCCUGUGGAACCCGAUGAUGGCUUCUAUCAUCAAGUUCUUGAUGCCCACUGGGGGGUUCUCUAUGAUGAAGAUUCAACUGGGCUUCAGUCACACACUUUGUCCAUGGUUGUCAACAAUGUUCCUGGAGUUUUGAACUUGGUCACUGGAGUUAUAUCUCGACGAGGGUAUAACGUUCAGAGUCUCGCUGUAGGUCAUGCCGAAAGGGAAGGGCUUUCACGCAUAACAACUGUUGUUCCUGGAACGGAUGAAAGUAUUGACAAGUUGGUUCAGCAAUUCUAUAAGUUGGUCGAUGUUCAUGAGGUGAAAGAUAUUACGCAUUCCCCAUUUGCUGAGCGUGAACUCAUGCUGAUUAAGAUUGCUGCUAAUGCUAAUGCAAGAAGGGAUGUUCUUGAUAUUGCCAGUAUUUUCCGUGCCAAACCUGUAGAUGUCUCCGACCAUACAGUCACAUUAGAGGUGACUGGAGACUUUAAUAAAAUGCUUGCGCUUCAAAACUUGUUAGAGCCUUACGGUAUUUGUGAGGUGGCACGGACAGGAAGGGUGGCGCUGGUAAGGGAAUCCGGUGUAGAUUCCAGAUACCUCAGGGGAUAUCCUCUUCCUUUGUAA